CUUGCUUUUGAUGCAGAAGUCUUAAGUAUGGGGUUUUUAAAUAGCUACCUGUGUUGCUCUUCAUUGUCCCAGUGUCUUGGCCCCUCAUCAUCUCUUGAAGGAGCCUGGCUUCCAGAUUAUGGUAUACUUGGCACUUCUAAUGAUCAGGCCUCCAGGAAUAUUAAGUGACCUGUUCAGAGAAACACGGGAUGUCUUAUGGUGGCAGAGUGAGAAUUAAACAUGAGUGUGGAGAGACAAUACUUGAACUAUUCCAAGACUAUCACUGACUGGGAACCAGGUCACAAAUAAGCCUGAACAGAAAUGUCUGUGUAUGUGUACUGCUAAGACCUUCAAGCAGAUCCUUCACCUUGUAGGGACUGCACUGCUGCCAAAAUGCUUCCAGACAUGACUUUCCAGGGGUCAGUCAUGCCUGCAGUUUUGCAGGAUUUCCCUAGAAGAAGAGGCAGAAGACCUGAAUUGAGGCAAGAGGCUGGAGUGGAAGGGUUUGCCAGGUCUUGGGAGGUGGGGAACUCUGCAGCUCCAUGCUCAUGGUUCCUGUGGGGGCUGGGGGCUCUGACUUUCCACCCCCUGCCCCCCUUUGCCAAGAAUUCCCCAUCUCUUCCAAUCCCUGCAUUCACGGUAGAAGCUUCAGGGCAGGACUGGAUGCAGCAGCACAGAGUUGGGACCAAAUUAACAGUUAACAAGCUAAGGCACUUCACAAUGAGCAUGGAACAGCCAGCCCUUCUGUCCUGGAUUGUGGGAAGUCCCCAGGGUAGCCAUGGAUGUGUACUUGAUGAUACGCCGCCAUAAAAUGACCAUCUUUGCCAAUGCCAAAGAGAAUACUACUGUUUAUGAUCUGAAGAAAGUUGUGGAGGGGAUACUAAAGAGGCCUCCAGAGGAACAGCAGCUAUACAAGGAUGACCAGCUGCUGACUGAUGGCACCAAGACUUUGAUAGACUGUGGCUUAAGUAGCCAGAACUGCCGUCCCUACGCACCAGCUACAGUGGGCUUGGCCCUAUUCAGACCUGGCAAUGGCUCCUUUGAGCCACUGCAUAUUGACCCCUUUUCCACCACCCCAGAAUUGCCUGAUGUUAUGAAGCCACAGGAUUCUGGUGGCAGCACCACUGAGCAGGCCAUGCAUUGAGACCAGCAUUUGCUACUGUGCCUCCAACCCAUCUUACACAUGGACAUAGGGGCCAAGUGCCAGUCUCCUUGUCAAUCAUGUUGCACUUAUGUUCACAGAAUUUAAAACUGAGUUGAAUAAUAAAGCUUAGCAGUCUAAAUUUCAUUGAUCCAAGCAUAUCACAAUAUCUACAAAGCAAAAUGAUGAUUCUACUUGCUGGGACCCUUGAUUCUUCAGGGACAGCAGGUAGAAAUAACAGCAGUGGCAUCUCUAAGGUCUAAUGUAGUGAUUCUGGAACAGAAUCCUGUGGCGCUAUGGGGUGCUUUGAGAUCCUUUCCAAGUUAUAAUGCAAUGUUAGCCCCAUCAGGUGUGCAAACAUGAUUCACAAGAUGAAUCCAGAGAUUCCAAAUAGUGAUCUAAAACAUUUUGACUGUGUGUGGUCUUUUUGUGGCCUUUGCAGCAGAAGAACAUCUCUCUCUCUCUCUCUCUCUCUCUUUCAUAGUCAGAAAUGAGUAAAAACUAUGAGCUAGCAUCUUCUGAGCUGGUCCCUUGAGUCUAAAAAGGUUGAGAUUCACAUUCAUGUUCUAAUGCAUUGUUCCUAAAGACUUCUUUUCCAGACUCUUUCAUAUGACCUAUCCAGACCAGAUAAAGACUAAAUUGCAAAAGUUACUUUUACUAGGAAACCAGCGUCAUCAGCUCUUGCGACUUAAUAUUAACUGGACUUUAAGGUUGAUCAUUUUUUUCUGAAGCCCCUCUCCUAGUAUCAUGUGCCCAAAGGAGACACUUGGCUUGCAAAUUUCCUUAAAAUGGUUCUAGAUGGUAUGUUUAUGUUGGAAAAUAUCAUGUUAACUCUAAGCGCUCCGAUCAGUUGGCAAAUAAAGAAGUCAAUCUUAAGGAUUUUAACUAGAUUUUGAUUAAGCCAAUCUUUAACACUCUAGAGCCUGACUCCAAGCUUUUUCCAUAGUUGGGACUGGCUGUACUCUACAAAGACACAAUGGCAACAAAUAUGAUAUCCACUUUAGCAACAAAUAAGUACAAGCUGGUGUUUAGAGUAAGUAUGGGUAAGCAGGAGCUAGUCCAGGUUGGAGGGAGAAACUAUUAAAGAAAGAUCAGCCAACAUGUUAACUAAUGAUGGAUAUUUGCUUUUCUUCAUCCAUUUUUUUUUCCUCCCAAAUUAUUUAAGCCAAAGGACAGUGCUUACACAAAACUAAAUGGGAAUAGACUGGCCAUGAAUGAGCUUAGGCUGGAUAUUAGAAGAAAGUUUUGGUCAAUUAGAGAAGCUGUGCUUCUGUAACAUUUUACAGUAGUUUUUUUUAAUUAUUUUUUAGUCCCUAUGAUUCCAAACUUGUCUUAAGAUGGAGUUUGAAUAAGCAUGAUAUGAUGCCUGCAAUAUAGGGGCCUGGACUUACUGAACUAAGGAUUACAGCUGUGCAAAAUUUUGCCAGCUGUUUCAUUUCAUUUCAAGCUUUAAACAGCAAGAUCUAAAUUAAACAAAGGGCUUCAAAACAGCCUCAAAACAAAACGAGGGCAGUUGAAACGUUUCAAA